UCCUGCCAUGAGCGCGCACUGCGCGGACAGCUGGAGCAACAGAGAGGACUUUGCGCCUCGCCGACUCCAAAAACAAAAAUGGGCAUUGAAAAGGAAAAGUCGGAGAACAGUGUCAUUAUGAAUGAGGAAGAAUUCAACAAAUCGAUUGAACCUAUACUUGGAAAGAAUCCGAACAUGUACACGCCAGUACAGGAUAGAGACCCUAAAGAUAUCAACGGACACAUAAAGGUUGGCUUUGAAGACGUCAUUGCUGAGCCCAUCUCCAUGCACAGUUUUGACAGUGUGUGGAUUGGCAGUCAUGCCGUGUUUGAGCUGACGAAAUAUGUCUUCUACCGGAUCCUCACCACGUUUCUGGCCGUUCCUAUGGCAUUUGUUGCAGGGAUUCUUUUCGGGAUUCUCAGUUGUAUACAUAUUUGGGUAGUGAUGCCAGUGGUCCAGGGUUGCAUGAAGACUUUGCCUCCCAUCCAGGUGAUAUGGAACAGUUUGAUGGACAUUUUUAUAGGGCCUCUUUUCUUCUGCAUCGGAAGAUGCUUGUCAUUCAUCAAUGUCAAGACUGUGCAAAACUGAGAUGUUUUGAUGUUAGAACACUCUACAUUGAAGUGUUGAAUGGUAACAGCAUAUUACUAUGUGCUUGAAAGCCAGAGCUGGUUUAUGCAAAAGUCCUGACCUAUCAAUCACCUGAUACCUGAUGCAACUCUCUUCAUCUUACAUAAGGUGUAUUUUGUUUUUUAUUGAUGGUGAUUAACUGAAGGAUUGCCUAUCCAUGACUUCCAAAACACGGAGAAGGAAAGAAUUUCAUUACACAACUGCAAUAUUCAUUCCGUUGUUUAGCCAUUGAUGCAUAAAACUCCUAAUGGGUGGUGUCAGUGUGAAUAUGCUUUCUGAGUACUGUUAGGUAAGUGCAAUUAAGCUUUUGUUUAAUAUAUAAAGAUAUUUUUACCUUAAGAUUAAGAUAUUGUGCUAUUGCAAUUAAUGCAUGAUGUGCUAAAGAGUAGCAACACUGAUAUAAAAAAAAUUAUGCAGCUACUUCCAAUAGUAUUGUAGUGGUUCUAAGUUAAUAUUUAUAUUGUUCAGAUGACAGGUUUUAUACCAAAAUAAGAUGCAGUUGUGAUUUCUAUGAUAUUAGCUGGACUACUUUGAUAAUUUAACUGUACAUGCUAUUUAUGAUUUUCAGGUACAUGCCUGUAACAGAGUCCAUUCUGCACAAAUGCAGCACACUCUUUGUGUGUUUUCUUCUAUAAUAAAGAUUAUAUUUACAAUUAUGUAUAUAAUAUAAACCAUUCCAAAUGGGGAUUUGCUUGCCUGCAAAGUUGCUUGCAUGCUGUUUGCCAUCGAUUGUGCUUUGUUAGUGGCUCCACCGGGUAAAUGGAAUAUUUGAAAGUAUAGUGGAACGUUAGAAGCUCAGGUGCCAUUUCCUCACCUCUUCUGAAUGAUGUCAUGCAUACAUGCUGAACACAACUCAACUUUUAUACACAACUUAUAAAAGACCAGAACUAAGUGCCUCUAAGUUCACCAAAUACAAAUAUUUUGAGGUUAAAGAUGUGUUUUCUCUUUUUGAAAAUGAUGGACUUUGGGUUUUUUCUUUGCUUAGACAUCAUACCGUGGAGAUCAUGGCACAAGCCGUGCAGUUAAAGUGCAAGAUUUAACGUCCCAUUUAUGCAAUGAGAAAACCUUCAGGUGAAAUGUUGAACUUAGCAGUUCUGCCUGAGGCUGACUGUGUACCCGCCCAUAAAAAAUACAGAAAUAAAAAUGAAAAACAAGCACAUAUCUGUAGAAGGGUUCGGCCCUAGGCCUGCAUGCUCAUUUGCUCUUGACAGCUGAUUUUUUAUUAAGUGUACUUUUGUAUUCUUAUUCUUUUGCAGAGUAUGUUUAGGUUUACACUGUAAACCCUACUGUUGUAAUUAGUAGAAAAAUUUAAUUGUCUUAAUUAAACAUUAUUUGAAAUGUCAA